AUGCCUAUCGCUCCCGUGGCUCUAGGUAUCUACUUAGAACACAUGUCGCUUCCUACUAGAUCAUUUGCUUUUAUCCUCAACAUGGCCCGCCGUAGCAGAAGACGCAGGGACCGAAGCCCUUCUCCACAACCCGCGCAUAGCAGCUUUGUAGCGCCCAUCCUGACGGGAAAUCACAGUGAUCAGAAUAGCUGCCCUCUCUUCUCCCUGAUCCCACCAGAGCUACGACACGAAAUCUUCGUGCUUGCUCUCACCAGCUAUGACGACGAAACACGACCAUUCCCACCCACCGCUUAUUACACUCGGAAGGGGUACCGUUAUCAUCAACGCAUCCACACUGCCUUACUGGCUACCUGCCUCCGCAUUUACAGCGAAACACGCGAUCUCCCAAUCUCGCUCAAUGAACAUGUAUUUUGGUUCUACCGGGGUCCCGAAGGGCUAAACGGCGACCCCCGUGCCUACUUUUUGGGCUUGACUCCGAGGCAGCGUGAUGCAGUGCAGCGCGUUCACUUCUUCACUCAGCUUUACUGGCUUCGCCACGAUUUUGCUCGGGUUUGUGCAUUGCCAAAAAUGCGCCCGAAGCAUCUCAAGAUUACCAUCCGACAUUCUGAUUGGUGGUGGUGGGAGCAUAACGAGAGAUUGAGCAUGGAAAAUCCGGUUUGGGGUAAGAACUUGAAGAUGAUACAAAGUUUAGAGUCCUUCGAGAUUGAAAUGGAAACGAUGGAAAGAGACAAGGAUCAAGAUAUUGCACAAGAAAUGCUGAAAUGGAGAUUUGAUUUAUUCGGCGGUCGGGUUUUGACUACAAAUGGCACGGAGAUUAAGCGUGGCUGCUGGAUCGGCCAAUCUUCAUUCGGUGGACAAUAUCGUUACAUUGCUGAUCGGAACGAGUGGGAGAUAAUACAGGCAUCACCUGUCGCUGAAUAUGGACCCGAGCCAGGUUUAGCAUACCACGUUGUGACGCUGAGGUGGCAGCCUGAGGCUCAGACUACAUAG